GCAGAGCAUUGGAUGCUGUGUGCCCCCACCCCACCCCACCCGGCGCAUGCAGAUGGCUCCAACCCUUUUUUCUAGUGGCGGACCUGACCUGAUCGCCUCGUGGUUUGUCAUUGCAAGGUGCAAGCAAACUUGAAAAAAAAAACACACGUCCUGCUCCGUCCGAAUCGCUACUCCGCCGCGCUUCUCAUCACCGUCAAGAGAUAGUCAGACAGUUCCAGCCCCCUUUCCACACGCACACUCCUCUCCCUUCCUCUCCUCCGCUUCCAUCCCUGGGCUGUGCGCUACUACUCCCCCUGCUGGCCGCUGCUCUGCUCUCACGCAUGUUUUCACAUCCAAGCGCCUGCCCCUCGCCCUCGCCGCCACAGUGGUAACCCGAUCCAUGCCGGGCGGCGGCCGCUGACUUGCUGCUGUUGGCUUCAACGGCCGCAGGCAAAGGUCGUCAUCGCUUUCCGGCAGCCCGUUUCAUUGGGAAAGCGACGACGAGGCGAGGCGAGGCGACGGCCGCGCCCUGCCCCAGCCGUGCCGCACUAACCGAGUAACCGACCGACGCUUGCCGUUGCAGCCCCACCACGCGCAAAAAAAAAAAAAAAACCGCACGUCCUUCCCCUCCACAGUCCACGGCUCCACGCCUGCCCAAUUUUUGUCCAGCCCAUUGGGCAGUUCCUUUCCUCCACCAGUCCCCCCAGUUCAAAUUUCAAACGCCUCCGCACGGUCGCCGCCGCGCUGCGUCGUCGUCUCCUCGACCGCGGAUCCCCUGAUGCUCCUGGUGCUGUAAGGCGCGGUACGUCAGGACGGCUGCUACCAGUGGAGGCCGUUCACGGUCGGCUUAUCAGGACACUAUCAUUAGCCGCAUCUAAUUGCAAGAUUACCUCCUUCUCGUCCGGCUACAGUGUACCUCCUUUCUUUGAUGGCCUAAUCAUUAGGCUAUCUCCAGCCUCCCCCUAUCACGAAAAGGCGCGUUGCGAGACCCCUGGUGUUUCGUGUGCGUUGGGAGCUCGGAGCUAGCUCCGUGUCCGGCCGGGGUGUGUGGUGGCGCGUCGCGGCAGUAAAUAAAUUAAAGCUGGGCUUCUUUUCUGCGGGCGGUCGCCAUGCACGCUGCCCCGUGAUUAUUGCGCUUGGGAGUACCGGUAGACAGUGAGCGUUACUGCUGGUAGCGCUAGCGCGGCGCGGCGGCGGCGGCGUAGGAGGAGGGGUCGGCGGCGGAGAUGAGGAUGAAGACGCUGGCGUGCUGCCGGCGGCGGCCUCAAGACUUCAGCAUCGAUAUGGACCAAGAGCCCGACAGGGUGGUGACAUAUAAUGGCCUCGAGACCUGCAUUAUCAACAGUUCCACCUAUGACGAUGACAGUGGCAUCAGUGCAACAACAGGCGGAGAUGGCUGUAUCACCACUGAUUCCCUUGAUGAUGAAGUCUCUAGUUGCUCUAGUAAAGAUGCUUCUGGUUCUUCCUUCACUUCACACAGUCUUAGCAAGCAGGAGGAGCAUUCACUAGAUGAGUUGGGUACACCCAUGGCAAUUCAUCUACUCCCUUUCAAAGGGAAGAAAACAAUCACAUAUACCUUGAGUGCUUCAGAUAUUGAAAACAUGAAGGAAAAAUUUGCAAAACUAUUGCUUGGUGAUGAUACUUCAGGAGGAGCUAGGGGCGUUUGUGUGGCUCUGGCCUUGUCUAAUGGCAUAAUCAAUCUCUCUGCAACUGUCUUUGGAGAACUCUGGAAGCUGGAACCACUGUGCGAAGAUAAAAAGAUCAGGUGGAGAAAAGAAAUGGACUGGUUGCUGUCUCCUACAACUUAUAUGGUUGAGCUGGUUCCAACAAAGCAAAGCGGAGCAGAUGGAUGUACAUUUGAGAUUAUGACUCCAAAGGCCCGCUCAGAUGUCCAUGUGAACCUUCCUGCCCUUCAGAAGCUUGACAUGAUGCUCAUUGAAGUAAUGGACUCAAUGAUAGAUACAGAAUUCUGGUAUGAGGAGAGUGGCAGCAGAGCUGAUGGUCGGGGGAAAAUUACAGGUCCAAGGAAGAGUAAAAAGUGGUGGCUCCCGUCUCCUCGUGUCCCUGAGCAAGGGCUAUCUCAAUUCCAGCGGAAAAGGCUUGUUUUUCAGGCUAAGCUUGUUCACCAGAUCCUCAAAGCCGCAAAAUCCAUCAACGAACAAGUCCUGUCCCAUAUGCCUAUUCCGGCCGCUGUCAUGGAUGCCCUUCCGAAGUCUGGGAGGGCUAGCUUGGGUGAAGAUUUGUAUCAGGCUAUAACCACAGAUUAUAUUCCUGUAGAGGAAAUAUUUGUUUCGCUCAGUUUGAAAACCGAGCAUAGUGUGCUCGAGACUAUUAACCGGUUGGAGGGCGCCGUGUUUGCAUGGAACCAAAGAAUUCUGGAGGAAAGAAGCAAGAGGUCCCCAGGACGCCAUUCCUGGAGCUUCAUGAAGGAUAGCUCGUCGGAAGUUGACAAGAUGUCCGCAUGCAUCGAAAGGGUUGACGCUCUCGUGCAGCUUCUGAAAUCCAGAUAUCCCAACCUGCCCCCGACUUUUAUAGAUGUUUUAAAGGUCCAAUACAACGUGGACGUGGGCCAUGCAAUCGUGGAGGCCUACGCUAGGGUUCUUGUUGGGGUAGCGUUCAGCAUAUUGUCGCGCGUGGCGGAGAUACUGCUGGAGGAUGACCUGAUCAAGAAGCCGAACACCCCCAUGACCACGCUGAAGUUCGACCUCUCCUCUGACGUGUACUUGGCCGGCAUCACCGAGACGCCACCGGGACACAUCCGGCGGUCCCUGAUGGACCAGAUCAGCAUGGUGGACGGGCGCUACGAUGCCGUUGUUGGCAAGAAGAAAGAAGUGAAGCAGCUGAGGUGGUGAGGGCAGUCAGCAGCUGUUGUGUGAAUCUUUUGCCGAUGUACAGGGUGAUGCGGGGCCCAGUGUCCGCUCCACAAGGUUACCUUUAGCAAAUAGCGCGAUGUAAUGUAUUUUUGCGACGAGUUUAUAGCGUACUGUACUGUAAGAUCAGCAUUAGGCGAGUCCUGCCUGUCGAAGUCUCCGGGUGUUGCUGUUGCGUCUGAACGAUCUGACGAUGCUCUUGGUCAGCCUCUGCUGCUUUUCUUGCUGGCACCUUGAUGAUGAUAGCAUGUCGAUGACGAGA